UACAGCUUUACACGUCAGAAAAAAAAAAGUUUGCAGAAUGUCCCACACCGAAAAAAAAAUGCGAAACCGAGAGAAAAAAACCUGCGAGUGGGCCUGGCGGAUGGGAUUAUUAAAGCUUCGCCGGAGCCGCGGCUCGCCCUCCCACUCCGCCAGCCUCUGGGAGAGGAGCCGCGCCCGGCCGGCCCGGCCCCCAGCCCCAUGGACCUCCGAGCAGACACGGCACGCACCUCUAACUCUAGUGUCCUGGAGCCGCACUUCAAAGGUAGAGGAGGAACAACUAGAAAUGGCAGCCACUGCCACUGGGCAGCCCCAGAAGCGUCUACUGACUGGAGUAAUGGGCCCCUGGGCUGCACAUUGAAGUGUCCAAUUCACACUUCUGCAGGCCACCCCACCACACCAGCUACUGGUUCCUGACCCUUCACAUUCUUCCCCAUAAUCCUACCUGCCUGUUCACACCCUGCUGCUAUACUCUGCAGCCCCUCCCACACCCCCUGUACACUCUUGACCACAACACCAUUUCCAGUUCACCCACACGCUUGCUCUGAACUAUUUCCUUCAUGUCUUUUUCGGCGGCUUCGGGCCUCAGUGGGCUGCUCAGCCUGUGGCUACGGACUUCACUCGCACGGGCCCUCUUGUGGCAUCCGAGCAGCUUUUCCUUCAGCCCAAGCGCAACUCUUGGACUGACUUCACGAGGUCUGAUUUGCCUUGCCUUCUGCUUCUUUCCCUGACCCUGGUUUCUUCCAUAUUUUGGACUCGAAAGGAAGAGGAUGAAAAAGAUGGGAGCGUUGGAAAGGACAGAGACGAAGCCCCACAUGACUCGGCUGGGAGGAACUUCGCAAGCACAGGGCAGUCUCCUUAUGGAAGCCCACUGUCACCAGACGGGUUCAGGGCAAAGCUGUCUCCUGAUUUCCAGGCCUACCUUCCCACGAAUGCUCCCACCCCUCAGCAGCCUUGGGGGACGGGAACCUGAGAAGGUAGAAUGGAAGGAAGGAAAAAAUAGAAGGGGGCAGCCAGUCUUGAGGAUGGAAGGACCGUUCCCUGGGAAGGACCCCUGGAUCUCUCACCCCUUCUUAGGCUUACUCCCUCCAGCUCCCCCCUGGACUUCUUCAAGGUCACCCAGAUGCUGGCCCUGGUCUGGACUGAGGGCAGGACCUUUCCUGUGGCUCCCAUAUUCAGCCUAGCCUAUAGGACUUCUGGACCUAACUCUAGAACUCACAGCUGUUAGCCCCUAGUCCCAGGUGCAGUCUCCCCCAUCAACCCUGCACAUCUGCACUGCUGAGCCCCCCACCCUCACCGAGGGUGGUCAGCCUGUGAGAUGGGCCAGGAGCUGAGGGGAGGUUGGCUAAGGGCCUGCCUGUGUAGCGUGUGGGGGUGGCCCUUGAGCUUGAUGGGGCUAAGGCAGUGUGUGUGCAUGUGUUCGUGAGGGGGGCCUUGUUUCCCAGGGCCCAGGGAUCUGGAUAGAAUUAGGGGCUGGCCCUGGCAGGGGCCAGGAUGGGGAGUGUGGGGGUGCAGCAGCAGGAAACUGAGCUGCGCUCAUUAGCUCCUCACGUGCUCAGCUGGAUUUAUAAACACAAGGAGAAGGGGAUGUAAACAAUCAGUGGGCAGCAGCCAGAGGCAGGGCUGGGGCUGGGGACCAGGGCUGUGGGAGGGGGCUGGGAUGCAGCCUGAUGGUAGGGUCCACCUGCAUACAGUGAGCUAGGGAGGGAAGCAGAGAGCUGGGCUCUACCAAGCCUGCCCCUGGACACUGGGAGCCCCUGGCUCAGUGCUGACACUAAGCUCAGGUGUUCUCUGUCCAGGCCUUCCUGCUUGGCUGCCUGAAAUAGAGGCACAUCUUGCCCAAGAUCAAAGCUGUCAUAGGACAGCAGAGUGAGGUACUUCACCUGUCCUUCCGCCUCUGCCUCCACUCUGAUUCCUGUGACCCCUGCUUCUUUCUGCUUCUCUCCAGGACUGGUCAGUAGACUCCUUCUGCUCUCCCAUGUCCCCCAACCCCCAGCCUGCAGUGAUACAGUUACCUCAGAACUGAAAUAUUCCUGGAAACACCGGCCUCGUCUGGUUAAUUUCAUGAGCCGUUUUUCUGCCCAGAUGACUUAGCUUUGUUUAUCCAAAGGCUUCUUCUCCCCCUGUUGUCCCUGUGUAAGGAGCUAUUCUCCCCAGGGAUGUCCCACAGGGCCCAAGAAGUGAGGGGGAAACAAACUUUAGGCUGGGCUCCUGACUGUGCCUCCUGUUAUGGGACAGACAGAGCCUAGUCCAGGAUUCUGGGUCACAGGGCUGCCUCUGGCAGGGUGGGGUAAAGAGGCCAGCCAAGCCUCCAGUUUAUGCUUUGGCAGGACUUUGGCAAUGCCAUUAACUUCCAGCAAAACCAUACUUCAUCCUAAAAGCUGUUUCGAGGCUGGAAGGGCCACUGCUCAACUCAUCAUGGUUCUAGUCUCCAAAACUAACCCUAUAUGAUACCCACAGAGUCCUGCAGGGGACUUAGCCAGAUGCCCAGGACUUGGUACAGAAGAGGAGAACUUGGACAUAUUUGGGGAUUCAAUGAUCAGGGAGUAGAAAGGAAAACUGAGUUAGGGAUGGAAAGGAUCAAGAAAGGAAUAUAGGCUCCACAUAGGAGAGAGAACAGUGUAUCAGCUAAGUGUCUAAUCCUACUGUCUGAAACAUGUGAACUUGCACACAUAUAUAUGCACACGUGUUCAUGAGUGUGCGUGUGCGUGUGUAUUCUCUCUCAAGCUAAGAUCAUUUCAUUCCAAAGACAAGGUCCCUGUGAUGGGAUGCCCACUCCUCCCAUGCUCCACCUGCAAAACUGACUUAGUCAAGCCCCUGAGCAGCUGUACUGAGUGCCUGUGCCACAGCAAAAGUCUCAGCUGCCUCCUGUAUUCUACAUGUGACAAACAGUCCCAGAUAGUGACUUCUUUAAAAAAAAAGAUUUGUUAUGUAUGCAAUGUCCUGCCCAGUAAAGGGCACUAGAUCUCAUUACGGGUGGUUGUGAGGCACCAUGUUGUUGCUGGGAAUUGAAUUCAGGACCUCUGGAAGAGCAGCCAGUGCUCCUAACCUCUGAGCCAUCUCUCCAGUCACUGAGCCUGGAUAGGGACUUUUAAAGACUUAGCAUUAUGGCAGACUCUAACCGUAAUCUAGCCUUCAUGCCUUCUUAACUCCAAGCCCUGUCCUGAGUCUGCAUACAGUCAGAUUGUUAACCCUAUCCACUUGCUUUAAGAAACGUGUCAUUACAGAAAAAUCUGGAAGUGUAAAAUGUAAACUAGAGUAAAGAAACCACUUGACCUCAUACCUAUCCAAGCUUAAAACCCAAACUAGCCCUGCUUUUUGUGACAUGCCAAACACCAUUCUAUCUGACAUGUAAAGCAACAAAUUCAUAGAUCUUAGUGCCAACUAACCUUCUGCCUGCCCAAACCUAACCACAUAGCCCUCCUGGACUCAAAUCUCAAACACACUCACUCAACCAAAUCCCAAGUCUAAAUUCAUGUUAAGACUUAGUCCUUAAGCUUAACCUAGCCCACGGCUAAUUAUAUUCCUACCCUAUCCUAGCCCAGAUCGGUACUUACUUUGAUCUUAAACCUUACCUAUAAAGCCCUUUAGAGUAUUUCCCACCUGACUUGGGCCCUUCUCCCAGGCUCAACUCCUGGUUUCUGGGAUAAUCAAACCUCCAUGUCUUCUGUGGAUCAGCCUGCCCCUUUAAACUCACAUCUUUCCUCUUGGUGUUCCCCCUCCAACACCCCAAAUAAAGAUAGAGCAAACAUGGGCAGGGCCUGUUAGUACAGGCCUAUAAUCCCAGCUACUCAGGAGGCUGAGGCAGAAGGGCCGUAGUUCACAAGUAGCUUAGACAACUUGGGGAGACCCUGUCUCAAAAAAUAGACAAGAGCUGGGGUUAUAAUUCAAUGGUAUAGCACUUGUCUGCAUGCACAUGUCCUAGCACUACAGGAAAAAAGGGGGGAUCAAACUUCUACAUUGCUACUAAGAUGAAUGCUACAUCUCCUUCAAAUAAUUCCAUCAGACCCUUAUCACAUCCAGGAACUGUAUCCUAGUAUAUACCCAUCACUUAUCACUCCACAAACCAUCUUGGACCCUUCAGAAUGACAUUGGCUGUGGAACCCUGCUCCUACCUUCCAUGGCUGCUGCCUCCCUCCUCAGUCUUCCACAGGGCUCACUGCUCACAACUUGCCAGAAUUAAUAUAUGCCAUAUUCCCUACCCUCAGUGCCAGCUGCAGUGGGACUAGGAGAUAUGGAGAAGAGUCUGGGACACAAUUGUAACUCCAGGGCCUGGAGAGAUGGCUCAGUAGUUAAGAGCACUGGCUGCUCUUCCAUAGGACCGGGGUUCUAUUCCCAGCACCACAUGGCAGCUCACACCUGUCUGUAACUCCAGUUCCAGGGGAUCUGACAUCCUUACACCAAUACACAUAAACUAAAGUCAAAUAAAAUAUAAAAAAAUUUGUAACUCCAACAUAUCGACAUAAAGUCUCUAAAGUCUGGCCUGCCCCUGUGAGUACACCCAUGCACACAAUUUUGGCACAUAUAGUGACAUACAUGCCGAAGACUGUCAGCUGACAGAUGCAGUCGAGUAUCUACUGAUAGACACGAAUGCCAGGACUUCGUCCUUGCACACACACUCCACAUACACUCUUGGACCAGAAGUCUUUCCCUUCCUCCAUCCCCUCCACCUCCCAUCUGGUCUCUCACACUCACCCCCCUUCCUAGCCCAAGGUGGGGACAGACACCUGAGGGGCUGCCAGCUGUUUCCCCGCUCGGGCCUGGGCCCACCCUCAUACUUCUUGCCCAUCCUGUCCACAGGGGACUCGUGGGGGAUGUUAGCUUGCCUAUGCACGGUGCUGUGGCACCUCCCUGCAGUGCCAGCUCUUAAUCGCACAGGAGAUCCAGGGCCUGGCCCCUCCAUCCAGAAAACUUACGACCUCACCCGCUACCUGGAGCACCAACUCCGCAGCUUGGCUGGGACCUAUCUGAACUACCUGGGGCCCCCUUUCAAUGAGCCUGACUUCAAUCCUCCUCGGUUGGGGGCAGAGACCCUGCCCAGGGCCACUGUCAACUUGGAAGUAUGGCGAAGCCUCAAUGACAAACUGCGGCUGACCCAGAACUAUGAGGCCUACAGCCACCUCCUGUGUUACUUGCGUGGCCUCAACCGUCAAGCUGCCACAGCAGAGCUACGACGCAGCCUGGCCCAUUUCUGUACCAGUCUCCAGGGUCUGCUGGGCAGCAUUGCGGGUGUCAUGGCAGCUCUUGGCUACCCACUGCCCCAACCUCUGCCAGGGACUGAGCCAGCCUGGGCCCCUGGCCCUGCCCACAGUGACUUCCUCCAGAAGAUGGAUGACUUCUGGCUGCUGAAGGAGCUACAGACCUGGCUGUGGCGUUCGGCCAAGGACUUCAACCGGCUGAAGAAGAAGAUGCAGCCUCCAGCAGCUUCAGUCACCCUGCACUUGGAGGCCCAUGGCUUCUGAUCUCUGACCCUUAACUACCCUCAACCCCUACCCAGCCAUCUGUGCUUCCAUUCUGGGGCGAAACCCUGUAUACCAACACUUGUUGAGCCAGCAAACGUACAGUGGGAACUCUGUCCUCCUCUGCCUUGGAUGGGGCAUGUAACUCAAUAAGCCCUGUCCCCUGACUAGCUCCUAGAGUCCUAGGGUCUGGAGGAAAGGAGAAGUGGGCACUGCCCUGUUUCCAUGGAGCUAACAUUUGAGGAAGUCGAAUGGCUCAGGUGGGUAUAAAGGUGCCCCCUGCCCUCUGCUCCACACUUGCCAGUGCCCCCUCAGUCCUGCAGCGGCACCUGCAGAAGCACACGUGGAGGGCACGGGUGGGGCCACUGUAGCAUGUGCCUUUCUGGGGUAAAGCCUCUUGGCUUCCCUCCCUCUCCUUGGAUGGGUGUUGCUCCCCUACCCCAAUAACUACAUAUCCAGUUGAGGAAACAAGGUAAGCAGUCUAAAGGACGAUGUGGUAGAGAGUGGAGGGCCAGCAUCUGUGGCGGAGAUGGCCUACAAACCAGAAGAUGGAUUGCUAAGAGAGAAGGGCAGGGACAGACCAGAUCCAGCAGUUGCCAAGGCAAUUGGUGGCACAGGGCAGAAAACAAAAGCCAUGUUGAGCAUCAGGACCUCACCUUGAAUUUUCUUGCCGGCAUCUCGGUGCCUCCUGUCUGCCCCCUUUCCCAGGGUAUCUGUGGUUGCCUGGGCUGGGGAGGGCAGCCAUAGCCACAGCCACAGGGUUUCCUGAAAGUUUACAUUGCAGUAGCAUUGUGGGGUGAGGGGGAUGGCUCCCCCAGGCCCUAUUCCCCAGCCCCACUCACUCAUGACUCUUAAGUUUGUUGUAUUAAUAUUUAUUUAUUUGGAGAUGUUAUUUAUUAGAUGAUAUUUAUUGCAGAAUUUCUAUUCUUGUAUUAACAAAUAAAAUGCUUUCCCCAGAA